AUGGAGGAUCAAGAGCAGACGAGUUUCACGUUUGAGAUAGAUAAUUUCUCCGAGAAGGAAGCUAUCAUAUCAUCACCAACAUUCUCAAGGGGAGGAUGCGAAUGGUUUGUUCAUGUUCAUAAAGGAUAUAUUGUUGAUGAUCACUUGUCUCUCUACCUCCAUGUUGCGAAUACUGAAUCAUUGAGAAUUGGAUGGAAAAGACGAGCUAGUUAUUCAUUUAUUCUGUUGAAUCAAUCUGGCAAAGAUCUCUUCAGAGUACCUGAAUCGUUGUGCCAAUUGUUCUGCUAUGAGUUCUCAGGACGGGGUAAGCCAAAUGCCGUACCUCUUAAAGAGCUUCAAGAAAAAGGGUUUCUGGAGAAGAACAAAUUGAUAGUGAAAGUGGAAGUAAAAGUAGUUGAAGUUGUUGAUGAAGGAGAUGUCACUGAGAAUGAGACGUUCAAUUUUUUAAAUGGUUAUAACGUUAUGUAUUCUCAGCUUUAUUCAGCGAAUCAGCUUUUCGUAGAACAUCCUAACAUUGCUGUAAAUUUCAGACCAAAGAGCAAACCGUUGAAGACAACAUACACGAAUCUCCUCCUCAAUCUCAUCGAGUUACUGAACAAGCCUCCACAUAGCUUAACGGAAACUGACCUAAGCAACGCACAGAUCGAAUUGAUCGAUCUAACAGAAGCGGGGUUCGAGCUAGACUGGUUGAAGACAAAGCUUGCUGAUGUUACCUUGGAGAGGAAGAAACCAAAUCCUGAUGUUUCUCGAGUCCAAGAACUCGAGGAACAAAACAAGAAUCUCAAUGCUGAACUGAAAAAGGAGAAGGUCAAAAGUGUUACUCCUGCUGCUAAAGUUCUGUUGUUUGAGCAGACGGUGUCGGAUCUCAAAGAUGAGGUGUCAGAUCUCAAAGAUGAGGUGUCGGAUCUCAAAGAUGCGCUGAACAAGAAUGAGGAAAAAUCUGAUACUUUUGCUGCUAAAUUUUUGUCGUUGGAACAGAUGGUGUUGAAUCUCAGAGCUGAUCUGAACAAGGAGAAGGGUGUUGUUUCCCCUUGGUAA